AUGUCCCAAUCUCCAGAAGGUGAACUACAAGUUGCCUCAGACAAGGUAGCUUUGCUUGGUUUCAUCCUUCGUAUGGCACUCACUCACUGCACAGAAGGUCGCUGUCUACCUCCACUGUCUGCCCAACAUGGUGGACAACAGCAGUCCCUGGCCUUUAGAAGUACGAUGCCACCUAAUCAUAGUUCGUUAAACUUCAGCAGGCUUCAAAGAUUCGAUUCACACUAUCUUGUUAUAACAAGCAUAAGAUCCGAAAAGAUACUAGGUAAAACCUCUCAAAUACCGUCAAAUAUUAACAAAAGAUGCAAAUGCAAAAGGUGCAAGCGUAUACCAUCACGUCCUUCCUGUAAAAGUCUUCCUAACAAAGUGCCCUCUAAGUUGCAAUUUGUCAUGCAUAAAAAGUGUUUAUUAAUUUACCACAAUGAAGGCGUUCUAGAAUAUCGCAUUAAAAAUUAUACAUGUGGUAUCAAGUUACUUAUUAAAUAUUUUGUUACUUUAUUAAAUAAAAGUCCUAAAAGUUUUUGGCAAAAAUGA